UAUCUGGCUAUGUGGAUUGCUUCUAACAUUCCACUCCCCCUAACUCAUUUUUUUCAGAUUUUUUUCUAGUCUAUUUCUGUAUUUGUUUGCAGUCUAAUGAAGUUACUUCUAGCAGUGCAAUGGAAAAGGAAGGGCUGGUAAGAAGCAUUGCAUCCCUAAGAGAGUGUGGUGUUUCCAUUAACACUCUGGUGACUGACCGCCAUUCCCAAAUACGGAAGUGGAUGAAAGACAACCCUGCAGAUGUUCACCACAAAUGUGAUAUUUGGCACAUCAGCAAAAGCUUAAACAAGAAAUUGAAGACAGCUGCUAAUCUUUCUAGUUGCACAUCAAUUAAGCCUUGGAUACAAAGCAUUACCAACCACUUGUAUUGGUGUGCUAUAUCCAUACCUGAUGGGAAUGCCGAAUUAAAAGUUGGAAAGUGGAAAUCAAUAGCAAGCCACAUACAAAAUAUUCAUUCUGGACAUGACGACCUAUUUCCGGAGUGUCUCCAUGUUCCGCUGGUUGGCCGAGAACGUAAAAUGGAUGGUGCCAGGAAGCAAGGCCACUCAGGUCCUCUUGCCUAUAAUAUUAAACCCCAGGCUGUGCCAAGAUGUGAAAAUUAUGAGUGAAACAUUUCAGACAUCGAAAUUAGAAGCAUUCCACUCAACAUUGAAUCAUUUUGCUCCAAAAAUGAAUCAUUUUUCAUAUUGGGGUCAAAAG